AUGAGAAGUCCCUCAGCCUCGUCGGCCGCUAACUCAGACAUUGAGGCAACCAAGAAACUGCUCGACAAGCUCGCCGUGCUCAAGCUCAACGGCGGCCUGGGGACGACCAUGGGAUGCACCGGACCCAAAUCGGUCAUCGAAGUGCGUAGCGGAUUUACUUUCCUCGACCUGAUUGUCAUCCAGAUCGAGUCACUCAACAAGAAGUACGGCAGCAAUGUGCCGCUGCUUUUGAUGAACUCCUUCAACACCCAUGAGGACACCUUGAAAAUUGUUGAGAAAUACGCGAAUUCAAGCAUUGAAAUCCACACAUUCAACCAGGGAAAGACUGACAAGGAUGGCUGGUACCCUCCUGGCCAUGGUGAUAUCUUCCCAUCACUGAUGAACAGUGGAAAGCUCGAUUUACUAUUCUCACAGGUCACCCCGAAAACUUUGGCUGAUGUAAAAGGUGGCACACUGAUCUCAUACGAAGGAAGAGUUCAGCUUCUGGAGAUUGCACAAGUACCUGAUGCACAUGUGAAUGAGUUCAAAUCAAUUGAGAAAUUGAAGAUAUUCAACACCAACAAUCUGUGCGUGAACUUGAAGGCCAUCAAACGCCUUGUUGAAGCUGAUGCACUCAAGAUGGAGAUCAUUCCGAAUCCUAAGGAAGUCGAUGGUGUGAAAGUUCUUCAGCUGGAAACAGCAGCUGGUGCAGCAAUUAGAUUCUUUGACCACGCCAUUGGUAUCAACGUUCCAAGGUCCCGGUUCCUACCAGUUAAGGCAACAUCAGAUUUACAGCUAGUACAGUCUGAUCUAUAUACCUUGGUUGACGGUUUCGUUACACGUAAUUCAGCUAGAACAAAUCCAUCAAAUCCCUCAAUUAAACUUGGUCCUGAGUUCAAGAAGGGGAAAGUGACCAUCACAGCAAAACCUGGCGUCAAGCUAGAAAUCCCAGAUGGAGCAGUGAUUGAGAACAAGGAUAAUUUUGAAAAGGAAAAAGGACAACUAUAA